AUGGUCGAGCUCGUAUGUUUAGGCCAAGCACUUUCAAAUAUUCAUGGACUCUCACUCGAGACUAUUCUGACCUUUGUUACAUUGGCCUCUGCUGUCAAGGAAGAUAUGAUAUUAGCCCAGCCUGCAACAUAUGAUGUAUCUACACCUCCGGACUUCAUGCCUCCUAGCGUGUCUUUGUUUUUGGGCUCCGCAUGCUCCCUGACACAAGACUCAGUGCGAAUCUGCUGGUCCACCUUAAAACAUGAUAUCUGGAAAGACAUAUUCAUGCUGCAGCACAACACCCACUCGCUGUUCAAACAAUUUGCCUACAAGACAUUCUACCCUCCAUUCAAGAUGUGCACCGAAGCAACUUGUGAACGACGAGCAAAUUGGUUGCUUUUGAACAAGGUUGAACAAGUCCUAGUUGUGUACUAUGUGAGUCUCGAACAUGGGACGAUGCCUGCAUAUGAUGUUGCAAUGCAAUGCGAACGCUGCCAAAUCACUUAUCACCACAAUUACAAAGUCAGCGAUAAGGACCGUAUCUACUACGACUACACGGAAAGACUGCCUGAUGCCAUUCAAGUCGGUACGCACCACUAUGUCGAUAUUUGGGUGGGUCAGCUCUGGAAGACCAUGAUGCACGUCACUUGUACAUCGGGAACUAACUGUGCCCGAAUAUACAACUCUUCUGUCAGCCGUCAAAACAAGUUUCCUCUUCAGUGGCCUUCGCCUGAGGUCACACUGGACCAUGUUUGGGAUAUUUUCAUAGUUAUCUCUCUUCUCGAGGACUGCCGUCAUUGCAAGUGCUCCCUCAUUGUCAAAUAG